CUGGCAGCACCAAGAAAAGAAUCCGCUGACCACCAACACAACACACAGUUUCCCAAUUUUCAAUACCCUCUCUCUCUGUCUCUCUUACCAUGUCCUUCACAAAGGCUUUGUCACGGGAGAUCAUACCGGAUCAGCCAGAGGAACAGGAGACGGGAAAGUCCACGACCAUAGUCAAGUAUGAGAAGUCGUCGUGUCUGUUUUGCAACGAAUGGUUUGACGCUCAAACUUUUACGGAGCACUUGAUCCACUGUGGCCAGGUUCUGGAGGAGUGCCCCAAGGGCUGCCUGGCUUUUAUACCGCGCAUCCGCAUGCGCUCCCAUUUGAAGGAGUGUCCUCGGGCCAAGCAGCAGCUUUCCAACGGCCAGCGACUAAGUGCCAGCAUGGACAGGCUGGACCAGCAGCAGUCCGAUCAUCGCCUGCAGGCCCUGGAGCAGGAUGUGGGCACCAUUCGCUCGGUGCUGAACGAGGAGAUCCGUCAGCGCCUGCACCUCAUCACCGACGUGGGCAACAUCCGGAAGCAGAACCAAGUGGUCGAGGACUGGAACCGUGACACCGACGAGGUGGUAAGCGGUCUCCGACGUCAGAUCGAAGAGGAGGCCUCCCAGAGAGCCUAUGCCAUUGAACAGAACCAGCUGGACUUUCAAUACUGCUGCAAUAUCACUCAGUCCCUUAAGGAGCAAGUGGAAUCCAGGCUGGACGAGGCCCAGAAGCUGGUGAAUCAGCUCUCACUGGACGUGACCUUCCACCAGAAUCAGCUGAACGACAACAUCCUUAAGCUGGAGGAGCUGAUCUUCGAGAAUGAGCGCCAGAAUCGCGACAAGUUCUUCCAGAUUGAGGAGUUCAUGCAGCAGAUCAACGAGGACAUCAAGACCAAGCUGGGCAACAGCGAUUAUGUCACCACGAAGCAGGCCACACUGGACUACGAGGUUAAGAACGUGAAGAACAUUGUCUGCGAGACGGAGGAACGCUGCGACAAGCUGGAUAGAGCUCUCCACCAGACCAUGCAGAAUCUAUCGGAUCUGGAGAAUCAAAUGGCCAUGCAGCAACGCAUAGCCAGUGUGCAGAACAUCAGGGGUCAUUUGAUAUGGCGCAUCAAGGACUACUCAAAGAAGUUGGAUGAGGCUAAGCAGUAUGAUACCAUUCUGCAUAGCGCCAUGUUCUCGAACAAGGCCUUUGGUUAUGCUUUAAGGCUGGACAUUUACCUGAACGGCAAGGGCACCUGGAAGGGUCGGAAUAUGAUAGCUUGCCUUAAUGUCCUUUCCGGUGAGUAUGAUCCCCUGUUGGCCUGGCCCUGCCGCCUCCAAGCCGAGAUCGUGAUCCGUGACCAGUGCUCGAAUAUGGCCGAGGCCCAGGACUAUGUAAAGACAAUAUUUGUGCGAAAGAAGAGCGAUGACUUUAUUCAGAGCAACCAGUACUUCCACAUACCCCACAAGGUGAUCACCAGUCGCAAUUAUCUAAGGAAUGAUGCCAUGUUCAUCGAGGUUCGCGUUCUCAAGUUAUGAUGGAGUCUACUUUUGGGAUCACUCUGGUAUAUUCCCCAGAAAUCCAGAAGAAAACACAAACACGCUUUCCGAUUACUGAGAACAACAACAUAUGUAAUAAUUUAUUUCAUUGAGAGCAAACUAGAAGUUUGAAUUGUUUAAUAAACACCAUUAUGUAUAGUAUAUGUAA